UCCAGUCUUCAACCCCGCUUGAUGCAGCCGACUUUUCUGACCGAACUUCACCUCCGGUCGCCAUCUUUUGCUCCGUGCAGCUAACGGAUAUUAAAGUCUAAUGAGGAGGACGCGUGUUUUUGGAGGUGAGGGAAGGAAGAAGGGAGGGGAGAGUCUCCAAGUGCAAAGCCUGAGUAGUAGUAGUUAAAAUGUGAGGUACGGGCUGCAUCUCUCCUGAGGACACCAACUUCUUUUUACAGCGCCUAAUACCUGCAUUAUUAUGGAAAUCAUUCACUCGAGCAUCCAGUACUUUAUGGUUUUCUUCCUCUUUUAUGUGCAAGAGGGAUUAUCAAGGGAUUACUCAGCACAUCUUGGGCAAAACAUUCUAUUAAAGAGAGGCAAGCGUCAAAGCAAACCAGCCAAACCAGUGCUGAAGGUGACUGACUACCACGUGAAGUGUUCUGUGGUAUCCCGCUAUGCUGUCACCACGAUCCACAGUUCCAUAUGGAACCAGCUGGCCAUCACCAAAGAGGCUGCCUUUGAGGUCGACCUGCCAUCAUCUGCAUUUAUAUCCAACUUCUCCAUCACGUCCAACAGCAAGGUAUACGCAGCCCAGGUGAAGGAACGAGCCACAGCCAGGAAAAUAUACGAUGCUGCUAAGAAGCAAGGAAAAACAGCAGGACUUGUCGCUACAAAAGAGAGGGAGAUUGAGAAGUUUCGUGUGGCGGUGAGUGUACCGCCAGGAACUCGGAUGUCCUUCUCCGUGACGUACGAAGAUCUGUUACCGCGCCGACUGGGCCGCUACGAGCUCAGCGUGGGUCUGAGGCCCGGCCAGCCUGUGCAGAACCUUACGUUAGAUGUCACAAUAGCAGAGCGAACAGGCAUCAGUUUCAUCAAGGCCCUACCACUUAGGACCAGCAGAUUACUCUUUAACAACGCUCAAGGUGAUGCAGACCCUCCUGCAUCUACUCAAGUUGAACAGAGUCCAGGCUGCGCUCGUGUUCGUUACACUCCCACUCUUCAACAGCAGAACAUCAUUUCCCCCAAGGGUCUCAAUGCAGACUUUGUCAUUCAGUAUGAUGUGAACCUCACAGACCUCAUGGGUGACAUCCAGGUGUUUGACGGCUACUUUGUUCAUUACUUCGCACCUAGAGGACUUCCUGUCGUUCCCAAGGAUGUCAUAUUUGUCAUUGAUGUCAGUGGCUCCAUGAUAGGCACCAAAAUAAAACAGACCAAGCAGGCAAUGAGCACCAUCCUCGGGGACCUGAGGGAAGGAGACCACUUUAACAUCAUCACUUUCUCAGAUAAGGUUCACAUGUGGAAGAAAGGACGAACGGUGCGGGCCACUCGGCACAAUGUACGAGACGCCAAAGAGUUUGUAAAGAGGAUUAUUGCUGAAGGAUGGACUAAUAUCAAUGCAGCUCUGCUCUCGGCUGCCCAGCUAGUCAACCCUCCAUCCUCUGGCUCCCGCCGUGUCCCUCUUGUCAUUUUCCUCACUGACGGUGAGGCUACAAUGGGAGUAACCGCAGGUGACACCAUCCUGAGUAAUGCCAAAAAAGCGCUGGGUUCAGCAUCGCUCUUUGGCCUCGCUUUUGGGGACGAUGCAGAUUUCCUGCUCCUGAAACGUUUGGCUCUGGACAACAGGGGCGUCACUCGAAUGGUUUACGAGGACGCAGACGCUGCCUUGCAGCUGAAGGGCUUUUACGAUGAAGUAGCCAGCCCGUUGCUCUCGGACAUCCAGCUGAAUUAUCUGGAUGAUCAGGCGUUUGAUGUCACCCGCUCGCUGUUCCCAAACUACUUCCAAGGCUCUGAGUUGGUGGUGGCUGGAAGGUUUAAACCCGGGCUGAAGGAUUUGAAGGUGUCCCUAUCUGCCUCUGAUGCCAAGCAGCGUGUCAAGCUGGAGAAUGAUGUUUUGAUCUCCACUACAAGCGAGAACAGCACUUCACAUUUGUUCGGGUGCUCAGGGAGUUCUAAAGGCAUCUCCAGUUUUGUGCAUCGCCUCUGGGCAUAUUUCACCAUUAAGGAGCUGCUCCUUGCCAAACUCAACACCACUGAUGCUGUCACCCAGAAGUUGCUGGCAGACAAGGCUACCAAUCUGUCCCUCAAAUAUAACUUUGUUACACCCGUCACAUCUUUAGUUGUAAUUAAACCAGAUGCAGAUGAAAUAACUCCAACCACUGCAAAGCCUACUGUCCCAGCUACUAUAACCACGACGGCGACAAGCACAGCUACAACCAAAACAUCAGCAGCUGGUGCUGCAAAGAGGCUCACUUCCUCCGCCAACCCAAGAGCCAAAAAAGUAAAGCCAAACCCUCCUCAGCCGCCGCCAAGACAACCUAAAAAGACGUCAGUACCACUUUUCACUGCAAAAAUUGUGAAAACGACAACCUCAAGCCCCGCUUCCACUAAAACCCCCCCAGCACCAUUCUCUGGCAGAAAGCCUUCCCAAAAUGAUUCUAAAAUUUCCCCUGCGCCUCAUUAUGGAAAAAUUUCCACCUCUUCUCUCCAUUUUCUUAAGACGGCCCAGCCUCCUGCACCUGGAAAAGUCUCCGCCCCCUUUCCCAGCACUUUGAGUACAACGCCAGCCUCCACAAGCGCCACAGUGCCCAGCACACCUCCUUGCCUAACCCCCCAGCCUGCUACAAAGGGGAGAGAGCUGGAGAGCAGCACCACAUCUCCCAUAGAUCAUCCAAACAUUACCACUACGCUGCCACAGCUCUUGUCCACGCCCACUCCGGCCGCUGCUCCAGAUUUAGAAGGAAACCACAGAAACGCUGCUGCUGAGAGUGACGAGCGCGUGGCCACCCUGGUAGAAGCCACCUUUGCACCCAUGCCUGGUGUAACGGAUGGGCCAAGGCUGUGGGAGGCGGCAGGACUUCUGGAUGUUUCUACCUCUAUUCAGAUCCAGAGAAAAGAUAUUGACCUUGUGAAAGACUAUGACGCAACCUAUGAUUACGACUAUGAUCUCAACUAUGAUGCCUGGGACAAUGCUGCAGACACAGAAUCCUUUGUGCUUGGGAGUGAGGAAGACUGUCCUUUAGUUGAAUGUCUUGUGCUUUUAGAACCUCCAUCCAGACUGAGCGCUGAGCACUUUUCCUCAUCAGUUGAUGGAGAUCCUCAUUUUGUAGUUCAGUUGCCGAAGCAACAACAGAACUUGUGUUUCACUGUGGAUGGCAGAGCUAAUGAUGUGCUCAGGCUGGUAGAGGACCCACGGAUAGGUCUCAUCGUGGAUGGCCACCUAACAGGAGCUCCCUCCAAGCGUGGUGUUGAAAACCACCCCAGAACAUACUUUGACCAGCUGACAAUCUCCGCCAACACAGGACGCUCCGGCGACAUUAUGAUCACAGUCUCAUUAGACAAGGUGGUGGUGGAAGGGGAAGGACGGGAUGCUCUUAUCAUCAAUCAAACAGGAUCGGUAACAAGACAGGGCGUGACGGUUGCCAUUGACAACCACAGGGGCUGCUGGAUAGAGUUGGCCAAAGGUGUGCAGUUCCUGGUUCUCUUCCACCGUUACAAGCACCCCAGCUACCUGCAGAUGGCCCACUUGGGCUUCUACAUUACACAUGGACAAGGGCUGUCAGCCUCCACUCAAGGCCUGCUGGGCCAGUUUCAGCAUGCUGACAUGAGUGUUGCAGCAGUGAGGGACCACCAAGAUGCAGACCUUCAUCAUGAUAACCACAAGGGAACUUUAGCCCGUGGGAUCCUGAAGUGGGAGUCAGAACUGAUGCCAGUCACCUUGCAGGACAAGAUGGUAAAAGACACAGUCCAGAUACGACAUGCAGCCCAGUGUUGGGUGGUGCCCAAGUGGGAGAUAGAGAGACUACUGGGUCAUCCAUACGAGAGCUAUGUGGUGGAUCAUGUGUCAUUCUAGCUGAACCAUCUCCACCCUGUCGCCUCUUUGUUGCAUCGCUCAGAUCCAAGUCGGUAUCAUGACAUUGUUUAACAAAGGAUGAACAUGAGUGCCAACUCCAUUGGAUGACAGUGUUGUCAUAUUUUAGUGACAUUUUCUGGUUGGUGGAGCAGAUUAGAGACUGCAGUGAAAGCUGCAUCUACAGAUUAAAAACAAGGACACGCACAAAUAAUAUGGUGUUGGUGCCUUCACCAUCAUUGAACUGCAUUUAAGCUGCUUGUUCUCUUGUUCACAUGGCAACCACAGAGUCUGUUUGUGAAGUCACCAACAGCUGCAGCAAUAAUCAUUGGUUUGUUUGUCACAUGGCAAAUGUAUUAUUUCAAAAUCACUUGUAAUCGCCUACAAUUGUAUUAUUAUGAUGCGGUACUGUUUAGUAAAAGAGCAAGAGAAGUAUUAUUGUAUGUACACGUUGAUCUGUUUUCACCUUGAAAGAGAAUCACAGACAGUUUUUCCAGAUUCGCCAUGUGCUUUUUUUUUUUUAUUUUUCUAUCAUUUCAUUCAUAGUUUAAUUCAAUGUAUUUGUUACACAAGACAUUAGGCAUUGUUCACAUACUAGUGAUCAAACAAGGACAGUAAGUUUUCUACUACUCAGCCUAUUUUUUUAGUCAAUUCCAAGGGGUAUUGUCAAUAAUGGUCUCAAGGGCCAAACAAUGAGAAUUAAAACAGUACAACCACUCGCAGGGCUUUUGUUUUCAAUAAAUAAAACGAGUAGCUGUAAGAGCACUGUAUGUGGUACUGAGGAAGGAGGGCAUUGAACAUAUCAUUGCUGAAAGAGUAUUCCAGUUAUUACCGUGUCAUAUUUUC